AUGCUUUGGAACGCUGCAGAACGCUUCUGGAACACAUUAGCACAUAUUGAUAUGGACCAGUGCUGGAUACGCUGGAGGUCCGCAUUGAUCAGAUGGGUUGAGGACCAGGCAUCUGUGACAGUGAAAAGGAACAAACAGGUGCACAUUGAGUUUACAGAUAAUGGACAACAAGAUUAUCCAUUGGUUAUUGAUUACAAUGUGGCUGCCAAGCCUCGACUAACGAUUCCCAGAGGGUACCCAAGUCUGGAUAUUGAUACUAACAUGCCAGGAUGUAAGUCCUCGUCCCUCAUGGGCUGGAGGCAACCUGAUGAACCUAUACCAGAGCAGACACCAGCAAGUAUUCACACUACUGGGCUUGCAGAAAUAGCAAAUAAUGGUACAAAGAGUGGAAACGCUCAGGCAAUUGUUCUUGAGGAUUCAGACAGUCAAGUUCAGGAUGAACAGGCGAUUGGAUUCGAGGAUUCGUCCAAUCGAGUACAGAAGGUUGAGUUUGAGGAUUCAACUCACUGA